GAGCAGCGAUAUCGGCGCAUUCGUCUGAACACCUUGCUGAGAACGAGAGUGGGUGCGCUCAAGUUUACUCUCCGAUUCCGCGUGCAGUUUUUAGUGAGUUGCCUUUUGUGCGCGGAAACGUUUCUAGUGUCCUUAGUGCAGGUCGAGGAGCCUGACGGUGCUGUUUCGCUCGAUUCUCGGUCAUGAGGACGAGAUAGCCGCCAGUGCGCACUAUCGCUGUGUCACGCAAGGGUCAGGCACGGCCUCCAGGGCGACGCGCUUCUAGUAUCCUUCUGGUCCUCCGCGGUCACCCAGCGCAGCCGCCACCAUGCUGGUCUUCAAGAUGGACACCACCAACUUCUUCAAGUACGGCCAGAAGCACGAGCUCCGCAUCUCGCUCCCGCGGGACAAGCGUAAGCACAAGCAUGGCUCGGGCUCCCGGAGGGCGUCCGUGUCCGAGGACCACCUCAGCCACCACGGCCACCACAGCCACCACGGCCACCACGGCCACCACAGCCACCAUGGCCACCACGGCCACCACAAUCACCUCCACGGCGAGCACAGCAGCAACAGCAGCGGCAGCAGGAGGAGCAGCGUGGGCGGAGUGUCGAACGGCUCGGUGCGGCGGCACCCCGAGGGCCGCCACGCCCGCCCCGAGGUGAAGGAGGUGCGCUUCGCCGACACCGUCGACCACGUGAAGGAGUCCCGGUUCGCCAGCCGCCGUGGGGAUGCCGAGGAGCCCUUCGGCGGCACCGACGGCAGCGAGUCCAGCAGCGGGACCGCCACCUCCAGGAGCAGCGGUUCUGGCGGGCGCCGCCGACGUCGGGAGCACACCAAGAGCGCGAGGAAACGCCCCGUGGAGCAGCCCGGCGGGAGUGACGAGAGCGCCCACGGCCUGGUCACCAUCCGAAUGAAGCCUGACGAAGGGGGCAAGUUCGGCUUCAACGUGAAGGGCGGCUCCGACCAGAACCUGCCCGUCCUGGUGUCUCGAGUGGCGCCCAACACGCCCGCAGACAGAUGCUAUCCCAGGCUCAACGAGGGCGACCAGGUGCUGCUGAUCAACGGGCGCGACGUCUCGGCCAUGACCCACGAGCAGGUGGUCAACUUCAUCCGCGCCUCCAGAGAGUGCCACUCGGGAGAGCUCGUCCUCACAGUCAAGCAGAACGUGUACCUCGCGGAGGAGCUCGACGAGGAGCCCCCGUUCCGGUAUGUCCCCGAAGGCCUUCCUGCGAGCGUUACCGUGUCUGGCAACCAGACCGCCCCCCUGCACGAGUCCAUGCUGCUGCUAGCCGAGGGCCUGGAGGCCGGGUCACUGGUGGCGCAGUUCGAGCAGCUGUACCGCCGCAAGCCGGGACUCACGGUCAACGAGGCGCGGCGGCAGGAGAACGAGAAGAAGAACAGAUAUCGGGAUAUUUCGCCGUAUGACACAACGCGAGUCAUCCUCACAAGUGCAGUAUCCGGGGACUACAUCAACGCCUCAUACGUGAACAUGGAUAUCCAGGCGUCAGGGAUCAUCAACCGCUACAUAGCCUGCCAGGGUCCUCUAGCAGGCACCUGUACCGACUUCUGGGAAAUGGUGUGGGAACAGCAAUCAACCCUAAUAGUGAUGCUAACCACAGUUGUCGAACAGGGCAGAGUAAAAUGUCACCGGUACUGGCCUCGCUUGAAUGAGACUGUCGAGUUCGGGACUCUCCAGGUCACUUGUCUGAAGGAGGAGGAGACGCCAGGUUUUGCGUUUAGAGAAUUCACUCUCAUCAACACAGAGACUCAGGAUGAGCGACACAUCACCCACAUGCAGUACCUGGCAUGGCCGGACCACGGUGUCCCUGACGACUCAACAGAAUUCCUCCACUUUGUAACCCAGGUUCGCCAAGCUAGAGCAGGUAUGGUUGAACCCACGAUAGUACACUGCUCAGCGGGCAUUGGGAGGACCGGCGUGCUCAUCUUGAUGGAGACUGCACAGUGCUUGAUUGAGGCCAAUGAGCCAGUUUAUCCACUAGAUGUAGUUAGAACUAUGAGGGAUCAGCGUGCAAUGAUGAUCCAGACAGCUAGUCAAUACAGAUUCGUAUGCGAAGCCAUUCAGCGAGUGUACUCAGAAGGCCUUGUUAAACCUCUUGCCGAGUACCAGCAGAGAUGAGGGAUUUAAUGUCACUUGAUUAUGGUGACAAAGUGUGACAACUGUGUAUCAGAUGUACAUUUUCUGUGACUGAAGAUAAAGCAUAAGUUAUAGCUGAGCCAUGACAUGACAGCAGAUGUAUUUCUACUGUUUCCUGUGAUGGAAGUGGCAUAAAGAUAAAGACAGAACGAGGCAUGCUGGUUGUAAAAGUGAGGAAAUAGAGCAAGCAUACUGUGUAUAUAUCCUAUAAUAGGAGCUUGAAAACAAUUUAUCCUACAAUAGGAGUCUGGAAAAGAAUUUAUACCAUUACUGAAAUCCGUGUUCUGCCUCGAGAGGAUGAAUCUCUCUGGGGCCCAAAGCUACCACAGUAAGAAAAAAGAAAAAAAACAAAAAAAAAAUGUAGAUAGUAAAAUAAAUUGCUAAAAGUAUUUAUGAAUAAUGUGAGCUAUAUCAAUGACAUUAAAAUAAUAAAGAGCACUGCUCAUUCCCUGUAUGAAAUCGGGCAUGUCCAGACUAUCUUUUGAAUCAAUGUAAACAUCAAAAUGAUCAUUGCUCAAGACCUAUUUAUUCGCCAGUUCCACAGCAACAGCGAAAUGAGGUACUUUCAAAUUCCUCGAUAAUUGUGUGUUCAUAUAUACACACUGUCAUAGUGUGUUGUUGAAACACCUUGUGUGUAUGUGCAUGCAUUAGUUGGUUACCAAAAUGCCUGUACAUAAUCAUGUGCACUGGAGUGUGAAUACUGUAGAUAAUACAAUCUUUUUAAAAGACAGAUCCUAACCCUAGUAGUGUUUCUACUGUACAGGAUAUUUUCUAUUUACUAUUAAAAAAGAUCAGUAGUUACACAUCAGACACUCUGACCCUCACCACUCAAGCCUUUGUGAAACAUGUUGCAGAUUUUUGUGUCACCAUGCUGAUAUUGGGAAUGAACCGAAAAUUUGUAUGGAUGUCCUUAACCCAGCAGUUCAUUUGGUGAGGGUGUUAUGGAGCAGUGGAAAUUGGUGACAUAAAAUGGUGUUAACAUGUACACUGCCAAAGUUUCACUCUUGUUUGCCAGGGAUGCUACUCUCAACUUCAAGAAAACAGUCCAGUUAAGCACAAGAUGUGGUGUGUUAUUAAAUUGUUGCUGUUACUUUAUGUUCUCCAGUUCUGGCAGAUUGUGACCCAUUGCUGGCACUUUGCUGCUAAACUGAAUGCGAUAUGUUAUGGCAUUGUAGUAACAUAAUAGUACAGGGUAUUUCACCACAGUGCCUCUCUAAAGUAUUCUGUUUGGAAAAAGUGCACAUUACUACUGGAUGUGAGUAUUGACACUGUCUCUUAGCACCCCAAGCAUUACAAGGGCUAGCCACUCCCCCCACAGUCCUGGGACCCACAUGUGCCUUUCUCUUGUUGUAAGAGCCUGCCUCAAGCAACUGACAAUCCCCACACUGAUGGUAUACACUCAUCAUCAGAUAGAAAUGCUGUUGUUUUAACAGUGUUGCACAGCACAGUGCCUCUGACUCAAUAACUUCACUUUGAAGGUAUUUUGACCUACUAUUCCUAGGCAGUUUUCCUAUGCUGAAAUUGAGAUGUAAAGUGGGUGUAGGAAUUAUUCUCUCAAAGGCUCUUUAUUGCCUUCUAGGCUUUUUUUUACCCUAGGGCAACUUGGGUGCUGCUGCCCUACACCACUCAGGGUAUGGUAAACACACUUAGAACACAUUAUGCCUUUGGUCGAGCAUUUUAAUGCGCAAAUUUUACCUGGUCAUGAGUUUAUGUAAUGUAUGUGAAAAAAGAAGUUUUCUUGUAUGGUUGAAUGCUGAACAUGUCCUCAGACAUUAAUAUAAUUAAAAGCAAACAGUU